CAAUGGCAGGUCAAGUUCUCGUCCUUGCCCUCGUUUUCGUGGCGGUUGUCUCGGCGUUCGCCGGGAAUUCAUCGCUGUCGCCGUCCCCUCGGGGUUCAUCUUCAUCUAAAGGUGGCUCCUCACCACCUUCGAAGUCACCUUCUGCCUCUCCUCCUUCCCCCAAGAAGUCAUCUGCCUCCUCCCCAACCCCCUCCUCCGGCGGCCCAUCCCCUCCUUCACCACCAUCACCAACAAAAUCCUCCGACUCGCCCAAGUCAUCCGCCGGCGACUCUAAAUCUUCUCCUCCCUCUCCAAGCCCUUCCGGCUCCUCCGGAAAGCGCAGCACCAGCUCCCCCGCCCCAACCACCAGCGAUGCUAGUGACUCCUCUACUCCACCACCCAAGGCCUCGAAGUCGAAAUCCCCUCCACCAGCUGCCGAGGAACAUAGCUACGAUAGCCCAACACCCAGCUCCGAUGCCAGCGCACCAGCACCGUCCAGUGCCGCUACUCUCAAGGCGUCUUCCAUCGUCGGUGGUGUGGCCGCUAUCGCUGGAUUCUUCCUCUUUUAAGCUUUGGCAUGCAGUUUACGUGGAGGGCUUUAAGGUUUUGCAUGGAAUCCAUGCAACCAGGCGUAAAAUAAACGCUUUUUUUUAGUAAUGUAAUAAUUUUAGUUUUUAUUUUCGUUGUUUGAAUAAUUGUAGUGUGCUUCAUUU